AUGCAAAUUGCAAAUUGGGUGAACUAUGCAGAACGGGAAGAAAGUAUUGGCGAGAUUCAACGAAGACGAUUCGUGUUUGAACGUGGGUUGGAUGUAGAUCAUCGUAGUAUCACUUUUUGGCUUCAAUACGCUGAAAUGGAAGUGCGGUAAAGAUUUUAUUGGUUUUUAAUUUUUAGAACCAGUAACUUGCGUAGUGUUAUGUUACCCAGGUGGCAGUAGUUGGCUGAAAAAUUGUUAAAAUACGAAACGCAGUUAAUGUAUGUUAUAAUGUAACAUUUACUUUAGGAAUCGCCAAAUUAAUCAUGCAAGGAACAUUUGGGAUUGUGCUGUGACGAUUCUGUCUCGAGCUACACAGUUCUGGCUUAAGUAUUCUUAUAUGGAAGAGCUGGUGGAGAAUAUAACCGGAGCUAGACAAGUCUUCGAUCGAUGGAUGGAAUGGGUGCCGAACGAGCAGGGAUGGAGAACAUACAUCAGCUUUGAGCAAAGACAUAAGGAAGUUGACCGAGCCAAUGACAUCUAUCUACGCUUUCUACAUGGUCAUGACUUUAACAACUGGAUUGCUUAUCCCAAGUUUGAAGAACGGUUUGACUACAUCGAGAACUCUAGAAGUGUAAGUUAUAUUAUUUUUGGUUUUGUAUUUAGGCAGACAAGAAACUUUGUCUUUAACAAAUUUAUUACUUAAAGACUAAGUUUAAAUGUGUUGUUAGUAGUGUACAUUUAUAUAUAUAUGGGCGAAGAAUAAUUAUUAUUUUACUGGUAUUAUUUUGUAUUUUUAAUGACUUAACAAGUGUAAUUUUGGUUUUUUUAAGGAGAUCAUCAAAGGUUCUAUGCAAGUCCAAACACAUCGUAAUCAACUGGCUUUACAAGGUUAA